GGGAAAAGAGGGCUUCAAGUUCAGUCAAUCAACAUUCUGCCUUGUAGUCCUCUCUAAAGUCCCCUCCCUCCUCUGCCCCACACUAGACUCACAGUUUGCUGAACAAAAAAAUAAGCUCAUUAAUCCAGACUCAGCCUCACAUCACAAAAGAAGCUAGCAGCAUUUCCAGUGGUGAGAACCCUAGAUGCGUAGAUAGAGAACAGGAUGCAGAUGAACAUGGCCAGGGGACCCCAACACAAGCACUUCGACUUUGAGAGGAAGAACGCCAAGCAGGCCGAAGUCAGACUGGCCCACAGACUGCAGAAACUAGAGGAAGUCUGCCUCUACCACACGAAGUUGGUGAGCAGGGAGCAGAGACAGCUCCAGAAAGACCUGCAGAGGCUGCAGCAAGAUAUCGUCAAGAAAAGGUUCUCCUCUUAUUUGGGACAUGAAAACCAGAAGAAUUCAGAUGUUCUUAUGUUCUCACUGAGAGGCAGACAGAAGCACAGACUCCUAGAAUCGGAAUGUAAUAUUAGAGCACUGGCAACCAGAACAAUUCAAGAAACAUACAAAACUAAGUCCCCGAUGCCCUCUGUGUAUUGCACUGGCCUCAAAGACCCAAAGAAGAGCAAAGAAUGCCAGCAAUCUCAAAGCGACAACACUUACUGCUUCGGAGAAGAAAAAUCACAGCCUCAAGAGAAAGAUUCUGUAAAAACACCAAAGGGCAAAUACCCUGAUAGUGGGACCUCUGCCCUGUGCCAAGACCAAGAAGUUUCCACCAACACCAUAGAACCAGACCCUGACACUAGUCCACCCCUGGAGAGCGGAAUGAUUUCUGAAGAUGCAACUAAAUCAGAAGGUCCCAGUCUAAAGCCAGGUGGGAAUUCUGGGAAGCAGCUUCUCCCAAAUUCCACGAAAUGGGCCGUAAGCUUCCAGGAUGAGUCCACAAAUUCAACCUUCCUAGAGUUGCUUGACAAGGUCAAAAAUGCCCACUAUCUCCGGCACAGGAUCCCCCCUGAGUCUGAGAGGUUGCUUAGCAUUGGGGAGAUAUUCGGACACACAGAAUCCUCACCACCCGUGGCAGGACAGGUUUGUGAAAUCAGGGUAUCACCUGAGUUCCUUCCUGUGUAGCAGUUUAAUAUAGACCGAGGAUAACAUAUAUUGUAAUCACUAAGAAAAUGAAUUAAAAACUAAUCCUUUCUAGUUAAUUUUAGUUUCCCACUUUCAACCUGCUCACAUUAAAUCUUUGGAUCUUAGUAAAAGUGCAGUAACCAAGACAGAAAAUAAACAGAAAUCCAAAUGUAUAACUUUUUAAUCUGUGAUGCCUCUCUCUCUGUGUCUCUCUCUCUGUGUCUCUCUCUCUGUCUCUGUCUCUCUCUCUCUCUCUCUCUCUCUCUCUCUCUGCAAGUAAAUGAAAAAUGGAGGGAGGGAUGAUGAAUCUUCUGAAAAUAUUUUAAAUGAUGAACAUGUGUUUUUAAUGUUAUCAAAAAUGGGCACAUACAUUAAUGACUGGACUUCUCUCCCAAGGAAAAUGUGAAGAAUCCUACUUCCAUUGCCUCCCACUGCAACGCUUAUGGUGCCAUCUGUUGGCGAAAUGACACAGCUCCUCUCCUUUGUUCAUUUCAUGUGUGGAAGGAGUAGGACUAGGAACACAGUUUAAAAUAGUAUUUACUAUAGAGUCAGGUUUGCUGACACACGCUUGUAACCCAGUAAUUUGGAGGGUGAGGUAGGAGGAUUCCAAGCUCAAACUCAGCCUGGGCAAUUUAGCAGCUCAAGAGAGACCCUGGGAGACAGGGAUUGCUCAGUGCAAAGGCCCUAGUUUUGUAAUUUAAAAAAAAAAUAAAAAGGUACAAUAUUAAUGUCUCUAAAUAAAACAUGAGGCUUUCCAUAGACUUGUGCUCUGCUUUGAACUCUUCCUGCCUUCCUUUCUUUCCUCUUCAAGUAUUUCCAUUUUAGUUUCCUCUUUCCCGCUUUCAACCUGCCCACAGGAAAUUCUUUGGAGCCUAAUAAAAGAAUAAAACAAGCUGUUUCCUUUUGUAUCCUCUAGAAUGAAAGGAUUUCAGCAAUUUGUAGUCACUUCUCAACACUAUCAGAGUCACACCAGAAUCUAUCCAGGACCAUCCCCCUGUAAAAUAAGAGGUUACUAAGUCUGUGAAAAGGUUAUUUUUUUCAAGUAGGUCUCCACACUUGGGCUCCAAAAUAAGUGACUCUAGAGGAAUUUAUUGCUCACUCGAGAGUCCAAAUUCCACACUAAAAUCAAGUGGUGUCACAAAUCAUCAGAGGAUGACAGUUCAUUAUUAUUGCAUUUUAAUCCUGCGUUAGCCCUCAUCAGGUGUAAAAAAUCAUCACGUUCUUUCAUUUAAUUGCUAUCCAUAGCAAAUCCCUUAGGAAAAGUAGCUUAUACCUUCAAGUACUAGGUCAAACAUCUACUAGGGAGUAAAUUUAAAUCUUCACCCCAGUAGCAAAGUUGAAUACAAAAAGGAUAAACUUGGAACCUAUUCAUUUAUUUUAAAUUGAAUUAUUUUCUUUAAAGAGAGACUUACUAGGUUAUCACAUUGAUCUCAAGCAAUUCUCUUGCCUCAGCUUCCCAAGUAG